GUGUCACUCUCCCCUCCGGUGCGUCCCCCACACACUCGCCUUUCUCACACGACCGGCGAUCCUCGCUUGCGCAACCCCCGAAAGCCCCAGCCCGACCGAGCCGGGCAGGCGCGCGUCCCAUAUCUCGCUACGCCACGCAACGCAACGCCCUCAACAUGAUCUUCAGGAUUACGCUAUGUUUGCUAGUCUGCACAAUCUACCGAGCCAUUGCUGAGGUUCAAAUUAUUACUGAGCCUCGACAAGGUGAAGAAUAUGUUUUAGUUAGCGCUGGUCAACAAGGUCCCAUAAGAAAUUUUGAGAGUUCGCACAAGAUUCCUGAAAAACAUCCAGCACAUCGAAAUUUUAGACCAGAAGAGGACAAAAGUAAUAAAAAAGUAGUCAAUGGUAAAAUUGGCGGAAAACACACCUCAGAAGGUAUCGUAUCAAUCGAGGAAGACAAAAGAGUAGUACAUAAGAAAGUACAGAAAGGUAAAAUUGCUGAAUCAAUAGAGAUUGAUAUCCCGGUCUCUAAAAUAGAAGAUAUUAAAAUCAAAGAGAAUGUUAAGAAUGAAGACAUUAACCCUAAAAUGAAUAUAGAAUUAGAAGCCAUGUCUGAAUCGGGCAAAUUAAGUGAUAAAUCUCAUACGACAACACAAAAACCUAUUUUAACUACUGCACCUCCUGCAGCAAAGAAGACUUACGACUACAUUCCUAUCAAUUUCGAUACCAUAGAUGACAUAAACAGUGGCUUACUGUCGUCAAACGUAAAAUUAGAACCGGCUGGAUCUGAACAGAAACAACACUCUCGAAUUCAAAUCAAAAAGGGACCAAAUGGACAGGAUUAUGAAUAUGAAUAUAUUUACUACUAUUACGAUGAAGACGAUGAAAACAAAACCUCUUCAACAACUGCUGCACCUGUCCACAAUUCCCACGACGGCCCUCAAAAAUCAGAUGCUGACAACCAAAUAGGAAAAGAAACCAAGGCCAAGAGCAAGUAUAGUUCUAUAGACAGGUCUGCUGCUACAACUGUAGCGACAUCUGAUAACCAAAAUGAGGUUUUGCCAGCUUCGGGAAGAGGCCGCCAGCGAGGGCGCACGAUUUCACCUGCGCCAGUUGAAGAGGAAAUUGAAGAAGACAGAUUACCAUCGAGCACACGUUUCCCGCCCCGCGGACGCAACUUGACGCCUGCCAGUUCAACCACUUAUGUCCCAGAGGUGAACUCAGAAACAACCAGACAGCGAGGUCGGCCGCAGAUUGACAACGUCGCUGACGAGUCUAUUGGCCAAACUAGGAGCAGGACCCGUGCACAUAUAAGGCGGCCCAGCUCUGAACUUGUUGACUUAGACAGCUUUAAGACAAAUUCUGGAGAUAUUCCCUCUCAAUACAAAGAACCACCUACGAGAUAUUCUUCCGAAAGCAAAACAUCUACCGAAAUUCCUGAAGGCGUACCUACCAAAGACCCCUCGCAUGCCAAAGAUUCAGUAAGGGAAGGGCACAGCCUGCCAAGCGGAAUCAGGUUCCAAGAAAUAAUCGAUGACUCGAAACUUCCCUCGGACUAUAAACAAACGACCCCAUACGAACAGGACACCACGGAAUAUACAACGAUGACCGCAAUGGAGAAGGUCGCUCUCGACCUAUAUGCUUAUCUAGCAGGUGAAAACCUGAACAACGAUGUCAACCCAACCGUUGACGACCUCGGCUUCGAGGGCACCACCGCCGGCGACGAGGAGUCGUCCACGACGGAGGCGCUGAGCACGACCGAGGAGGCGACCACGCCCCCGACCACGACCACCACCACGACCACCACCACCACCACCACGACAACCACCCCGGCGCCCACCGCCGCCCCCGCGCCCACGCGCCCCUCCCGCUUCAAGGGCCGCCCCGGCGCCCGCGCUCGUGUCUCCACUACCUCCAGCGCGCCCACCGAAGCUCCCCAGGAAUCUUCUACAAGAACUAGAGGUCGGUUCAGCAAGCCAGGCGGCGUGCGUAAGACCACUGCGGCCACCGCUGAAGCCUCCACGCCUUCCCCUGCGCCUGUAGAGAAACCUGUCUCCCAGACCAAGCCGUUCGGGCGGCGCGGUUUGUUCGCGGGGCGCACGCGCCCGAGCUCGAGCACCGCCGCGCCCGUGGCCGAGGACGCCAGCAGCUCGCCUGCCAGCGACGCUCCUGCGCCGAGUAGGCCCCGCCUUCGCCCGAACUUGAGGAGGCCCGUCAGCUCCACCACCAGUAGCGCCGCGCCCGCUGAGGACAGCACGGCUCCUGCCGCCAGCGAGUCCGCGGAGACCACCGCUGCUCCCAGCAGAACCAUCGCCCGCGGCCGGCCUGGACUGCGGCCCGCGUCCCUGCGGCCCGGACCGAGACUGAACCUGCGCGCCAACCCUCGCCCGCGGCCCGGCGCGGCUACCGAGGCGCCCGUAGAUGCGCCCACGGAGACAUCCGCGCCUGACGCACCGCCCACCGACUCCGAUGCUGAGGGUUCAUCACCGACGCCAGCGCCCGAGGCGGGCCGCGGCGGCCUGCGGGUCCGCAACCGGCUGACCGUGCAGCCGUCGCCCAAGCCGCGCGUGGCGCCCACCCCGCUGCCGCGCCGGCCCAACCCACUGCUCAAGAGGAAGCUACCGUCUACUGAGGCAACCACGGAAGCCCCUAAGAAAGUAGAAGAGGAAGUGACAGAGGAGAGCAACGCGAGCGCCGAGAAGAGCGAGGCCGAGACGGAGGCCGUGCCCGCCGAGACGACGCCGGCGCCGCCGCUGCGCGGGCUCGACGCGCUGUUCGCGCGCCGCCGUGCCGCCGGCGGCAUCGGCGCGCGCCCCGCCCGGCCCGCGCGCGACGCGCGCCGCACCGCCUGACCACAUGCCGCACAGGCUUAGAACUUCACUGCACGUGCAAUGACGCAAACUUUAUACACUACCACGACUCACGUAUCCUAACUCGUACACAAACAUAUCUGAACGUUUUUAAAAGGACUUAAUUUUAAAAAUUUACUGAUCAGAUGUUUUUUACAGUUUUUUUACUUAAUAUUUACAUCUAAUUGCCGUCUAUUCUAUAAUUCAUCCAUCAGCCAUCUAUAGAAGCCCAAACACAUUUGAUAUGGAUCUUUACUUUCUAGCAAAAUGUAGUUGUAAUACGGAUCAUCAUAGCCUGCUUCAUCUAUAUCGAGCGUGUGACUUAUGCUACCUAUGUGAUCCAAACAAAAUUAUUAAUACAAAAUUACUUGUAGUUUGAGUCAUUGCAUAUGUAGAUCGUACCUAUUAUAUUUCACUCGGUGCGAAUUGUCAUUACUUUUAGUCAAUUUCAUACCCAAAUGGUAGUGAUGUUUCCACGUCCACAUGCUAAGUAGGUACUUUCAAUCUCAUUUCUAGAUUAUUUAGAUAUUAAUCAUUCUUAGCCGACUAUUAUCUUCAACUGUAGGUAAUAAAUUAAAAUACAUGUUCCAGAGAAAUGGAGCAAAACCGGGACUCUUCUCCAUAACCCUAUUUAUACGUGUUAUGUACAUAUUAGAGUUAAUUUUAUUGCGAACAAUAAGAGACUGUGUAUAAAAUCGAAAGUGUAUUAUAAUAACUUUCUUUCGAUAUUAUACAAGUCUGCUUAAUACCAUCCUAGGGUGUCCCGAGAAGCCUGUAUAUCGACGACUAAGUAUUUCAUCCUAGUAACAAAUAGUGACAGACUCAACUGUGUCGACCAGCUUUAUUCCUCCAGGGUUACUUGCACCAACUACUUAACUCAGGGUUAGUGGGCUGUCAACUGUCAAAUUCCAUAUAAAAUGGUGGGUUAACCCUCCAUUUUCGUUGGUGCAAGUAGCCCUUAAGAGAUCAAUCACAUUUCGUUGCGCGAUAUCCUGUUAGACUAUUCACUACCAAUGUAGUGAAUAGUCUAUUCACUACCCAGUGCAAUUCAGUCAAUACUGAAUUGCACUGGGUAGUUCAUAAUUGUGGGCAAAAGGAAAAAAAUAGGGGAGCCCAGUUUAUAUUGGUUAUACAAAUGAAAAAUAAGGCUUAGGUAAUUAUUUUACUAGUACUUUCCCUUGAACAGCGCACAUCUAUUAUAUCUAAUAUCGUUAUAAAAUUCAAAAUUUCUAGAAUGUGUUACAACUUUGUUUGGGAAAUAAUUAAGAAGACGGUAAAAAUCUUUGGAAAGAAAUAAAAAUUGCGGAGAGAACAUGAAGUUAUAUAAUUGACUCUUAAAAAUUAUACUCAAUUAGUCUUUAUUUAUAGGUAUAAUUAAGAAAGUUUUGUAAUAAUCGUUGAUAAUAAAUCACCAGCAAGCAUCGAACGACAUCGAUGUAUUAAAAGCGUCUGAAGCACUGAUAGCGAGUGCCAUCGUGAUAUGUUUUGUAUAUUUCGUAAGUGUGAUAAUAAACUUAAUAUAAUAUA